AAUAUGUUGCGCGACAUGUGAUCAGUCUAUGUAUAAUACACGGCAGAGAAGCCUAAAGACAGCAUUGAAUGCAUUGAUUACGACAUCUAUUAAAGUAUAGACCCUUUUGCCACACGUUUUGAUGAAAAUGUGUUUUUAUUGAAAACUCGAUUUAAAUGACAUGUGAUUUGAAUUGAAUUACAAUAAUAUGGAUAACAAUACCCGCCAUAAGAAGAGCGCACAUCUGGUCUGCGAUUCCGGGCCUUUCAUUGUCGGCACUCAAAUAGAGGAUUUGGCCGAAAACGUGUAUACAUUGCCUGAAGUGGUGAAUGAGAUUAAGGAUGAAAACACACGACAAAGACUUCAAUUCAUUUCAUAUGAACUCAAAUACAGAGAGCCGUCCGAAGAGGACGUUAAGGCUGUCAUCAGUUUUGCCAAAAAGACUGGCGAUUACUGCCAAUUGUCCGCAACUGAUAUCAAAGUGAUUGCUCUGACAUUAAGACUCGAGAAAGAGAUCAAUGGAGACAAA